AUGUCGCAGCUGCUGUCCCUGCCAGGGGAAGUUUUGGCCGCUAUUGUCGAUAAUUUGGGCCCUUCGCAGGACGACUUCGACAACUUCUACCACCGUUACAUGCCCGAUGUCAGCUUGUAUAGGCUGUCGCAGACUUGUACGAUCUUUCGCAGCAUCUGCGUACCCAAGCUGUACGAAAUUUGUAACAUCAAAACUGGCUCCAGCACUCUCCGUCGCAGCCUUGGGAUUCUCCGCACGCUUGCCACCAGACCCGAGAUUGCAAGCCGAGUCAAGAGAAUCAUUGUCGAUGCAGCCUUUUACGUAAAUGCUAGCAGUGUCGAUGAGAUAGUCCUCUCGGCGGAAGACGCGAAGCUCUUCAAUCGCGUCUUGGAGGAAAAGGUCGACAUGUCUAGUGUUACGCCUCUGUGCGAGCUGCGCGCCACUGAUUCGACUGAGCUCAACGGACGCGAUGACAUUGGCGACUCUCUGGCCUGCGUGGCCUUUGCUCUCGUGCCCAACAUCACGAGCGCCAUUUUCUUGUCUCACUAUGCAUCGCUCGAAUGGACCAUGACCGCCUCAUUUCCGUUGCUCGAGGCAUUCUCGAUACAGCACGCUGACACUGAGUUGGGAACCGACUUUGAAAGUGGAAAAGGUGUGCUGCUCGCUGCUCCUAAUGUGAGACGAUUGAUCGGCUGGUCGAUUUGCUCGCUGGCAACGGCUGAGUACACGUCCGUCAGAGAAGUCGUGCUUGGAUACAGCGGGAUAAGUGACGACGAGAUGGUGCGUCUCCCUGUAGUGUUUCCAAACCUGGAGAGGGUUAGCUACACGGAUGGUGGGCCAUGUGUCAGCGAAGAGCCUGCCGCAACUCCGCUAGCAAUUUCCAACGCGUUACUUGGUCUACGCAAAACGCUAAAAUACAUGGAGAGUCUGGCCCCAAUGAAAGUUCUAGAGAGUCUCCGAUUGCAAGCACUGCACAUCUACAAUGAUGAUGAUAAUCCGCAGGAGCUUCCCUCGACCACAGAACUGGUCGGCACGGCAUAA